CUGUCUAAUUGCAAAGCAUGUUGGGUACCGUAGUCCUCUAACCCUGCUGCGCGCUGCAACUUCUUCGAUACUCCACACAUUCAGGCUGCCUGCAAUGGAUCAGUAUACAUGGUGAUGGAAUUCCCCACAACGCCAGACCUAGAAGACCCAGGCCCAGUGGGGCCUCCAGGGGGGCAGAAGCAGCCUGUGAAGUCCCACCUGCUGGCCUCCAGAGAGCUCCUGGUGGCCUCCCUGUAUAACCUGGCCCCCCUGCUGGACAGGACCCUGGCAUCCGGCCUGCUCUCCCAGGAGAACUACUUUGAGGUGGGGGCAGAGAGGACCCCUCAGGGCCGGGCACGCAGGCUGCUGGAGGUUGUCCAGGCUGAGAUGGACGAGGCUGGGGCCAGAGGCUUCAUGGAGUGCCUCGGGAGAUGCAAGCAGCACUACCCGCGCCUCCGAGCCUGGCUCAGAACUGAUGCAGAUAUUCAGUGUGGACCCACAGAGCGUCAGCUGCAGGCCCAGCUCAGUGUCCUGUGUGGCCGGUUGGGGUUUUCUGUCCUGCCAGUCUCCCUGGAGCUGUUCUCUAAUGGCACACUAACUCAGUUUGAACUGGACCAGGUCCAGGCAGCGCCCACAUCUUACCAGCAGACCCACCAGCUCCUGUCCGUCUGUCUGUCCAAGGGAGAGAGGGCCUGCUGUAGCUUCUACCAGGCACUGGGCAGCGAAGACCCACAGCUGGCCUCAGACAUCAGUGUGGAGGAUCCUGGGGUGUGUAGUACUCCUGUGGAAGUGAAGGAUGAUGGGUUAUGUAGUACUCACACAGCAGUUGAGACCAGACAGACUGAUGGGAAAGGUCUGUCUCUCCCAGACACCCACAUACUCUCGGAUGUGCUCCAGCAGGUGCUGUCCCUGCUGGCUGUGGCUCCAGGUGAGGGGGCCAGGCUGAAUGUGUGUGAGCUGGGGGUGGCAGUGGGUCUGCCCAGGAGGACCGUCAUAGAGUGCCUGUUGGAGGAGGUUGAGGUGGGGGACAUCGUUCAGCUCAGGGCCCUGGUCACCCUCUUCCUCAGUAAGACCCAGGAUGCCUCUAGGCUGCUAAACAGGGUGGCAGAGUGCACAGCACAGCGGGUGCUGCUCUCUGAGAGGGGAUGUAUGUUACUGAAGCUGCUGUCUGUGGCUGAGGCCUUUCUCCGCACUGGGGACCACCUGCAAGCUGGGGACCAUCUCCACACUGGGGACCACAUAGACAAAGUGUGGAACAUCUUUAGCUUGGUCCUGUGGGACAGCAUGGCAGAGGCUCUGGAGGAUCCUGGGGCUGCAGUGGAAUCAUUGUGGGAUCCUAGGGAUGCUGUCCGUCUGUUACGAGACAGUGAGAGAGUGGAGACAGAGCUUCUCCAGGAGUUGGAGGAAUGCUGGGCAGACGGGGGAACUGAGAGCCUGUUACAGAGUGUUACAGUACUAGCUCAGUUGCUACGUGAUCUCCACCCUCUUCAGGACAGUCUGCGCCUCUCCCCUCCUGAAGAGGGGGCUGUGUACCCCUGCCGCUCUCGCAGACUCCAUAGAGUCACCCGUUUCCAGGGCCUGCCUGCACGGGUCAUCCGCAAAGCACUGGGACACGGAGCUCUCUCCAAACACCCAGUCCCAGCUGGUCUCCCAAUCCAGUACAGAGAUCUCUGCCUCUGCAUCACACGUCUGCUGGACAGGGUGCACCCACAAGAAAGCACUACCUCCAUAGAUCUCUCCAAGGCUCCUAUUGCUACCAUCACCCAGCACAUCUGCUCAACCCUGGCCCGGCCGGCGUUCGGCCCCCAGAGCUUUGAUGCUGGGGUGAGACACAGGGUUCUGUCUGUGGUAAAGUAUGACCCGGUCAGGUGGGGCCUGUUUAACUUACAGGAGCUGCAUAAAGACACUCUGUUGGGUCUGGAGAGCUACCUGAAGCCAGGGGAGCAUCACAGCUUCCAGCUUGUCCCAGAGAAAGUACGGAUCUUCGGAGGGCCAGAGAUACGCUGGGGAGAAAGGGUCAGGGGCCCAGUCGCCAUCGACAACGGGAUAGAGGAAGUCCUCCAAUUUGUCACCUCCGAGCCAGCCUCCUUUCUUAUCAGUGUUAGCUGCCGCGGCUAUGACAGGGGCCAGUACUUUGAGGUACACGAGCCACAGUGUGUGCGUGUGUCUGGACUGCAGGAGCAGGGGGUGGGCGAGGUGCAGGGUUUAGGGGGGACAGUGUUGGUUUUGGCAGUAGAGGGCGAGACAGUGUGGAUGAGAGAGGAGAGGCAGGGGAGGGAGUGCGGGACAGAGCUGGAGCAGGUGUCUCAGAGACACUCUGCCACACUACAGGACGGGGGCUGCUGCUUCAGGGUCACGACCCCAGGGACACGUUGCCAGGUCAAGUUCAUCUACAAGACAAGGAGGAUCUCUGCUGUGGCCGAGAGGGACUGUGAAGUUUUCUAAAAACCCUAUUCGCACGGGACUAGUAUUAUUAUGGAACGUAGGUUAUGUAAUUAUUGCCCCAGCAUGUCCGUUUUCCCCUAUGGACGAUUCGGACGGGAUUAGUUUUACCAAACUGCCCCAGUAAAUGUUGUUUUUUUCUCAUUCAAAAUGUACGGUUAUGACGGAGGCCUGGAGGCUCUACUAUGGGCAUGAUGGUCUUCAGUUCAGAGAAAGUCAUAAUAAUAAUGCAUAUCACUAAGAACCAUGAACUGUAACCUACGCAGACACUUAAUUACCUGACGGAUCUGGCAAUUUAUCUUUUCAUUGGCACAAUAUCAUCCACUUCAUUUAAAAGAGAAGUAUGACUCUGGGAAAGUUGAUUUGUGAAGAAAAAAAAACGGUUCAUUCACCUGUAGGCUACGUGCAUAUCAUUUUGUUUUAAUGCAUCAAUUUGUUCCCAAAUUCUUACCCAAACUGGGCGCAGUACCUGUUUAACUCAAAACACAGGGAUGACGAUUCACACGGGAUUAGUAUUAUCAGAGGACCUGGGAGUUUUCUGAAAAACAGUAGGUUUUUAGGGGCUGGGAUAACAACCUUCCUGCCAAGUAAAAAUGACUGACAUGGCAGAUUCAGACAGGACUAAAAUGACAGAUGUGGUGAUUUGCGCUUGUGCACAUAAUUAUAUUACCUGAGUUCCCCCAGUAAAACUAAUCGCAUCCGAAAUGGGCUGAAGUCUCACUUGGUGGGAUUUAAUACCAGAAGCAACAAGCUGGUAUUCAGGCAUAGAUUAUGGCACCCACAUGAUUGAAAAAGGUUCUUCAGAACCAGAAAGCGGUCUUCACAUGUACAGCAUGAUGAGGUGUGGCGGACUCCAAUGUUAUUAAAUCUCAGCUAUAGAGCGAGACAUAGACCGUGUUCAUUCUCUCACUCACAAUCCUUGUUCAGUUACUUAUCUAUCAACCUACACAGCAGCAUUAUGUUUUCUAUUUUUGUCCAACAAUGCACAGUACCUUCGCUGAUAUAGUUCAAUCAUAAUGUAAUUAAAAAAUUAAAUAGAAACCUUGCACCCGACUUUUCCUACGAGCACCGACUUCGCUGAUAACUGAGGAAAUGUACAUAAGACUGUGAUAUGUGGUUGUCCCGCCUAGCUACAGUUGAAGUCAGAAGUUUACAUACACCUUAGCCAAAUACAUUUGAACUCCGUUUUUCACAAUUCCUGACAUUUAAUCCUAGUAAAAAAAUCCCUGUUUUAGGUCAGUUAGGAUCACCACCUUAUUUUAAGAAUGUGAAAUGUCAGAAUAAUAGUAGGGAGAAUGAUUUAUUUCAGCUUUUAAUUCUUUCAUCACAUUCCCAGUGGGUCAGAAGUUUACAUAUACUCAAUUAAUAUUUGGUAGCAUUGCCUUUAAAUGGUUUAACUUGGGUCAAACAAUUCAGGUAGCCUUCAACAAGCGUCCCACAAUAAGUCGGGUGAAUUUUGGCCCAUUCCUCCUGACAGAGCUGGUGUAACUGAGUCAGGUUUGUAGGUCUUGUUGCUCGCACACACUUUUUCAGUUCUGCUCACAAAUUUUCUAUAGGAUUGAGGUCUGGGCUUUGUGAUGGCCACUCCAAUACCUUGAUUUUGUUGUCCUUAAGCCAUUUUGCCACAACUUUGGAAGUAUGCUUGGGGUCAUUGUGCAUUUGAAAGACCCAUUUGUGAGCAAGCGUUUAACUUACCUUCAAACUGAUGUCUUGAGAUGUUGCUUCAAUAUAUCAACAUAAUUUUCCUCCCUCAUGUUGCCAUCGAUUUUGUAAAGUGCACCAGUCCCUCCUGCAGCAAAGCAACCCCACAACAUAAUGCUGCCACCCCCAUGCUUCAUGGUUAGGAUGGUGUUCUUCGACUUGCAAGCCUCCCCCUUUUCCUCCAAACAUAACGAUGGUGAUUAUGGCCAAACAGUUCUAUUUUUGUUUCAUCAGACCAGAGGACAUUUUUCCAAAAAGUGCGAUCUUUGUCCCCAUGUGCAGUUGCAAACCGUAGUCUGGCUUUUUUAUGGCGAUUUUGGAGCAGUGGCUUCUUCCUUGCUGAGCGGCCUUUCAGGUUAUGUCGAUAUAGGACUCGUUUUACUGUGGAUAUACUUUUGUACCUGUUUCCUCCAGAAUCUUCACAAGGUCCUUUGCUGUUCUGGGAUUGAUUUGCACUUUUCGCACCAAAGUAAGUUAAUCUCUAGGAGACAGAACGCAUCUCCUUCCUGAGCGGUAUGACUGCUGCGUGGUCCCAUGGUGUUUAUACUUGCAUACUAUUGUUUGUACAGAUGAACAUGGUACCUUCAGGCGUUUGGAAUUUGCUCCCAAGGAUGAACCAGACUUGUGGUCUGUCUACAAUUUUUUUUCUGAGAUCUUGGCUGAUUUUUUGAUUUUCCCAUGAUGUCAAGCAAAGAGGCACUGAGUUUGAAGGUAGGCCUUGAAAUACAUCCACAGGUACACAUACAAAUGUUGUCAAUUAGCCUAUCAGAAGCUAUCAUUUUCUGGAAUUUUCCAAGCUGUUUAAAAGGCACAGUCAACUUAGUGCAUGUAAACUUCUGACCUACUGGAAUUGUGAUACAGUGAAUUAAACGUGAAAUAAUCUGUCUGUAAACAAUUGUUGGAAAAAUUACUUGUGUCAUGCACAAAGUACAUGUCCUAACAGACUUGCCAAAACUAUAGUUUGUUCACAAGACAUUUGUGGAGUGGUUGAAAAAUGAGUUUUAAUGACUCCAACCUAAGUGUAUGUAAACUUUCGACUGUACCUUAAGAUGAAUACACUGACUUAUUCUCUCUAGAUAAGAGCGUCUGUUAAAUUACAAAAAAACAAAUGUAUUCAUACACCAGUUAUUUAAAAAGCCUUUUUAUACAGUGCUAUUAAACUAUAUUGAAACUGGCCUCAGGCAAA